CAGUUCCAAUAGCUGCCACACGGCGGAGACACUUUUUGUUAUGCUUUCCUAGACCUAACCGAACUUCAGCGCUUUUAUUCUCACAACACGCUGCCUGGUCUUCAGAGAGCACGGCCGACAUCUGUCGCAGUUCUAUCACUACUAAUUUUCCAGAAAACCACCGGAGCCAUGGGGAAAGGCUGCAUCACCGCCACCAAGUACUUCCUGUUCCUGUUCAACCUCCUCUUCUUCAUUUUCGGAGCUCUGAUUUUGGGAUUCGGGCUGUGGGUUCUCCUGGACAAUCAGAGCUUCAUCGCCGUCCUGCAGGAGUCUUCCUACACGCUGAAGGUGGGGUCGUACAUCCUGAUCGCCGUGGGCUCCAUGACCAUGCUCAUGGGCUUCCUGGGCUGCGUCGGCGCCGUCUACGAGAUCCGCUGCCUGCUAGGCCUGUACUUCAUCUGCCUCCUGCUGAUCCUCGUCUCCCAGGUGACGGCCGCCGCGCUCAUCUACUUCCAGAAGGACCUGCUGAAGACUGAGAUGGCGGGCAUCGUGAACAAGAUCAUCGUGGAGUACAGCGGGGGGAACACGACCAGGGAGCUGGCCUGGGACUACAUCCAGAGAACGGUCAACUGCUGUGGGUGGAUUGACCAGGGUAACUGGACUGAGAACACCCGGAUUAAGAACAGCUCCAUGUCCCUGUACCCCUGCUCCUGCAGGAACGCCUCCCUCGCUGCAGACCCCCUCCAGGAGAGCGGGUUCUGCAACGCCCUGUCCCUCGGAUGGCCCGUCUACACCUCGGGCUGCAUGGUGAAAGUGGAAAACUGGAUCCUCAGCAACUCAGGAGUCAUCCUGGGAAUCUCCAUCGGAGUGGCCGUCAUUGAGCUGCUGGGGAUCAUUUUAGCCGUGUGCCUGUGCAAGAGUAUCCACCAGGAGGACUACACCAAAGUGCCCAAAUACUGAGGAGCCCAACUCACGUAGACACAGACACGCACACACACACACACGCACGCACGCAC